AUUAAUACCGUAUUGCCGUCGCCGUAAACCUACGACCUACACCUACACGGCUACACAUAACAAUUAGUCGUUAUUGUUUCUAUAACCAACUAUAUACUAGCGCUUGAUACUAAACUGUGAUUUGUAUUUUAAUACCCCACUCUAGAACAAAACUUACGAAAAUUCUGUUAUAAGGUUAUAACCAGAAUUAAUAUUUUAAUAGCCGUAUUGACCAUUCACGCCGUAUACAUUCAUAACAUUGGAAAUAUUUAAUUGUUUUAAUAUUUAUUUCAAAAUGGCUACAGAAAAAUAUUUGAUGCAACUUGAAUCAAACCGUUUGUUAAAUGAAGUGGAGCAAACUCCUCCUCCAAAAAUGUCCAAUUUUUAUUGGAAAAAUGAUGAUGGACAAAAAUACAAGGUUUUCAUUCCUACUCCAAAUCGCAGGAUAUAUUAUAAUCUAGAAGAAUAUGAAGGAGACAUCGAUAUCAACGAAAUCGAUAAUAACAGAUGGACAUCUGCGAAAAAGUGUGUACUGUUAGCUGUUUCAAAUAUCCACACUGCAGAUCGACCGUUUAUUGAUCAUAUGGACUUUUUGAUUGCUAAUUUGAAUGUAUGGUUUGAACGAAACGAUGAACUCAUGUCAAACGUUGGAGGUGAUGUGGAAGAUUACAAUAUGAAUCUAUCUAAACAAUAUGUUCUUAAUAAAUACUUUGUGGAUGAUAUACAAAAUAUUCCAAUGGAAUUCAGAGGAGAACAUGCAACAUUCAGAGGUACAAUAUCAAUACAUCCUCGUUUUGAUAAAGCAAGAGUAAUUUAUGCAAUGAACAUGGGAUUCAAAUUAGCAGCAAAACGGUUUGCCAAUGAUCAAAAUCAUGGAGUUUAUGCCUAUGGUCGUAAUAAUCAUGGAUUUUCUUACUAUUAGACUUGAUUUAUUUCCGUGAUUCUUGGAGUUGCUUUUUUGUGUACUAAUAAUUAUAACUUAUUACAAUUAAAUUGAAUGUCUAAAUGUCUCAA